CGACUUCGCUCCCGAGCAGGGCCGCGGCUUGAUCGCUGGUGGCGGCGGCGGCGGCGGCGCGGGCUCCCGGGGCCCGGUUGGAGAGCUGCGCUGCGCCAUGGAGAUGAAGAAGCGGCUGACGCUGGAGCUGCGCAACAUGAAGCCCGGCGAGGUGAAGGAGCUGGUGCUGGACAACUGUCGUUCGGACGAUGGCAAGAUCAGCGGGCUCUCCUCUGAUUUUGAAAACCUGGAAUUCCUCAGCAUGAUCAAUGUCAACCUUCUCUCCGUCUCCAACCUCCCUAAGCUUAACAAACUCCGGAAGCUGGAGCUGAGCGACAAUCGUAUUUCUGGCGGCCUGGAAGUCCUUGCAGAGAAAACACCUAAUUUGACGCACUUGAACCUCAGUGGGAAUAAAAUCAAAGAGAUCAACACGUUGGAACCUCUGAAAAAGCUGCCCCACCUGCGGAACCUCGACCUCUUCAACUGCGAGGUGACGACGCUGAUCAACUACCGGGAGAGCAUCUUUGUCCUCCUGCCCCAGCUGAUCUAUCUUGACGGGUUCGACACCAACGACAAAGAGGCCCCGGACUCGGACCCAGAAGCUGACGGGCUGGACGAUGAGUUCGACGAGAAUGGAGAUGAAGAUGAGGAGGAGGAGGAGGAGGAGGAGGAAGACGAAGAGUUAGAUGACGAUGCUGUGGAUGAUGAAGACGAAGAUGACUUGGAUGGGGAAGAGGAGGAGAAUGGGGGCGAUGAUGAGGAUGAAGAGGAUGAGGAUGACGGAGACGAGGAUGACGAAGAAGAAGCUGAGGUCCAGCAGGGCAAGAAGCGGAAACGAGAAUUGGAGGAAGAAGCCUAUGAAGAGGAGGAUGAAGACAAAGAUGACUGAGGCUGCCGCCGCCGCCUCCUUGGCUCCUUUGCAGGCCAAUCCGUUUUUUGCGGACUGUGACUUUCCUGGCCUCGCUGUCCCCCUUUGUGAGACUGUGACAAGUCCCCCCUCUGCCUCCCGGCCACCCGCUCUUUUGUACGGCUGCAACACCCACAGUAUAUAUUUUUUUAAGAUGUAGAGAACAAUAGGUGUUUCAGGAGAAGUUGGAUUUUUGUUAGCUUUCUCUCCCCCCCCCCCCCCCAAUGCUCCUGCAGUGCAUCCUUUCCCCUUUUUUCCACCACUCCCUUACUUGGAGUAUUUGGCGACCAAAGGCUUAUUAAUUCCAGGGCAGGUUCAGUGAACCUGCAGUGAUUUCAGUUUCUCUCUUCUCCCCCCUCCCCCACUUUGGCCCCCCUCCAUGACUGCCCUGGAGUCUGAUCCAGGAUGCAUUUGGACACGGCUACUCCUGGUUUCUGAGAAAAGCAGCCUCGGGCCCCAAGUGGGCUGCGGGUGCCCCACUCUGCCAGGGAGGCUGAAGAUGCAACUUUCUGGAAAUAAGGCAGAGCCGGUGCACGGUGCAGACGUGGCCACCAGGAUGAAUUCCAGAUGCUGGGCCCUCCCUCCCUGCAGCACAGUUUGUGGUGAUGCUGAUCAAGGUGUUGUGGCUGGAUUGUCAGUUGUUUGCUGCAAUUUUUUUUUCUUGUUUGCUUUUCUUCCGCCAUUUGUUGGGUCUGCAGCCAUCAACAGCCAAGAUGGCUUUUGCUGUUCCCUUUAGCAGUUCAGCUGUCCCCAAAUGGGCGUGCUCCGUCCAGAUGUGUGGGGCAGCAGUUCCCAUGGCAAGCCACACCGCAGGGAGAGUUUCGCGCUGUUUGCUUAUCAGGAUAGCAAAAGCAGGAUGGGGAGGUUGCGUCUCUCCCCCCCAAAAAGAACUGCAGUUAAAAAAAUUAGAAUUUUGCAGUUGCGAGCCCUAUUUUGUCUUUUUCUUUUUGUACAGUUCCGUACAAACCUGGCUAGAGAACACUGCACAAACAACACAAAUCUCACAGCUCAACGUUGGGGGCUGUGGUUAAUGUUUCCGCUCCUUCCCUACUCCUGGCCGAUGGUGGUUUAAGAUUACGUCUUAGCCCUAGUUUGCAAAGUCAGCCCAGAUUGGUCAAAACUAGUCCCAUAAAUAAUAUCAUCCCCUCUUUGGAAUUUUUGGUCCUCUUUUAUAUAUCUCCUUUUUGUUAAGAAAUUUGAAUAAGACUUUUAAUAAAAGACUUUGGUUUUUAAAAAGUAA